AGUACGGUGUUUAUUGUUGCAUUGCGGAGCAUUAUGUCGUAGGUUUCGUAGUAAUAGGAAGGGUGGGUAGCCGUCGUCAGUAGUACCUGUUCUAACCGUGAAAAAACAUUGCGUUUGAUGGUGUUGGAGUACAGUAGUUUUUGCGUGGUGAUGAAUAGUGGUCAAUGUGUUAAUGUGUGCAUUCAUAAGCAAUAAGAAGUAAUUGGUUAUUUUACAGUUAGGUAUUAUGAAACAUGUCAGUAUCAAAUCCGUUGUUGAGGGAACUGAAAGGUUGUGUUCUCAAGUUGGUGCAGAUGUCAGGUAGUAGUGAAAUCACUGAUGACAAUGCAGAAUUGCAACAUUUUUGCCAAAGUUUGGAAAGAGUGUUCCAGAAAGGACUGUUACGGAAUACUGCCUUGGGAUUUACAAACGUAUUUGAAAGCUGGUAUUGGCUAGAACAGUUGGCCUGCCAACACAGUGGUGCUACAUUUAAUUAUAUUUCAUCAGUGAAUGCAGUGAAAGCAUCACAGAAAGUGGUGACCCCUACAGGAAGGCUGCGUCUCCUCAUACGAACCUGUCUUGUCAACAGGUGUCUCCAUGUUCCUGUAGAAAUUCUGGUAAGGAAGAGACAUGCAAGGAACUUCUAUGAUGAAUCUCUGUCAGUCCUAGGAGAUGAAAUAUUAGGGGAGAUCUUCUUGUCUGUGCUUCUACAGUGCAGUCACCUGCAGUUCAAACUUCAUCUAUACAACGCUUCCUUCCUUGAUAGUACCUGGUUGUUGCCACUGUAUAUAAAGCUUGAGUUUGUCCCUUGUAAGGUUCUUGGGAUCUGUGCCUGUUUUGUCAGUGGGAGAGCUGUUAUUGUGGGAGUCGAGAGUGAUGGUGUUGCAGCUGAAGAUGACAAGAUUGAAAUUGGAGACGUCUUGGACGAACUCAAUGGCAAUCAUAUUACGACCACCAAACGAGGAAAACUCUCAUCCAUCAUGAGGAAAGCUUCUGGCCAGCCAAUUGUUGUUAAUAUAAUUAAAGCUCAUUUACCUGAAACAGGAGACUUAUUCCCACCUAUAAGAAGUCUUUUAAAGCAAGCACAACUAGACCCAGAUGAACUACAUUCACGGUAUAGUGACAGAAAUAAGCAAAGACAAAGAGAGGAAACUGAGCUAACGAAGAAGCUGCCUGUAGCAUCCAGACCUGGCUUUCAUGUGAAGUAUUUAGGCAGCUUUAAUACGGGGAAGCAUGGUGAUGUGAAGCAGAUAGAUAAUGCAAUGAGAAUAGUCAUGUUUAAGUCUCAUGGAUCACAUUGUCCAGCACUAUUUGAGAUUCAGGAAAUUGGAAUUAAAGUCACAGAAAAUGCUACAGGGAAGGUACUGCUGAAGCAUUCUUACAUGGAGAUCUCAUCUUGUGGUAUGAGUGCCAGCAUUCCAAACCAUUUCUCUUAUAUUGCAGGAGACGCAGCUUGUAACGUUGCUCAGACAUAUACAUGCUUUGUUUUUCACUGCAGUAAUGAGGAGCAUAUCCAUACAAUCCUACGGAGCAUUGGCCAAGGUUUUCAGAGAACACACUUUGCAGUGUGAUAAGACGUCGGAGGUACUGCAUAUUUUAAAAUAAGUCUGCUUUGAAAUAAGAGUACCUGCAUCUGAUGUGUGUUUCAAAUAAGGCAGCUCAGAUUCUAAAUAUAGUAAUAUUUAUUUGUGUUUCUGGUAAAGGGUGGGUGUUUUCAUGUAUGUUCCAUGAUGAUGUUUGCUCAUUGUUUUGUUUAUAUGCUUAAGUUGUUGGAAUCUUUGUUUAUAUAUAAUUGUCUUUUGAAGAAUUGUUGUGUACAUACAAUAUGUCAUAUUUUAAUUAUAUAUAAUUGAUCAGUUUUAACUUAACUGAUAUAACCAUUUGGGAGAGAGUUGAUCUGCAGGUCUGCUCUGAAAUAUUAACAAAAACAAUAAUACAGUUAAUUUAUUAUAGUAACAACUACUAUUAUUGGAAUAACAACACUAAACCGUUUGUUAUUUGGUAUCUUAUCCAUACACACAUGGCUACAUUUGUUAAUAUUGUACGACUUAAUCACAACUAUCAUGUAAAAGUCCAUUUCUAACUACUUUCAUACACUUACCUCUCUUAUUAGCAAUUAAAAUGUUACUGCACAUUGCAACAAUGCACUCACUUUUUGCCAUCUUGAAUGGAUGGAUGUUCAGAUUGUGCUCCAGUUUGUGACUCCAUGUUAUUUUGUGGAGGGAUACCAUUGCCUUCAGGGUCUUGAGGGUCAAAGUUUGUUGGGUGAGGAUUUGGGUGGUUUAGCCAAUAGUAGCCCAUACUGGGCUUCACCUUCUGUCCCCAGCCCAUGGGUUUGAAUGAACACUGUCUGAUGUAACACAAUUGAUUCUUCAUCCUCCACACUUCAACCCUAAAGUCAAAAGCAUCAUGUUCGUCUGAAAUGUCGGUAACCAUAUAUGAGACUGUAAUGUCAGAAACCAGAGAACAAAAUCUGAAGAAAUGGAAGAUUACACAUUACUAACAGUUUGGAAUUAGAAGCAGUUUUUAUGUAGUACUCGUAUUCUCAGAAGUGACUUUUAAACAUAACUGUUGGUGUUGUUUUCAUGCUGUACUUAAGAUGCUACAGUAUCCACGAUAGAUUUUUUUUAUUGCUAGUGGGGUGGGACUAAGUCCUUUGUACUGCGGCCACUUCUGGCAUAUUGCACCAGC